UCUCUCAAACACACACAAAUAGGUUGGAUGAAAACAGACAAGGGGAAAGAGGGACGAGGAGGAGAAAUAAAAAAAAAAGCCAACGCUGAGAAAUCCGGCCUGUCUCCGGCUGUGGCCAUUUUCUUCAAUCAUAAUUUGAUUUGUGGACUCUGAAGCCUGAGAGAGAGCGAAGAGAGGGGGGGAGAGCAGCACCCGUCCUUCCACCCCCACCUCCUGUUUGCCUGAGCCAUAGGGAAAGGCUUUACACACACACACACACACACACACUCACACACGGACGAGAAGCAGCACAGGGCUAGGCCGCAAGUCAUUAGUUCUUGGUGGGCAAGCACUGACAAAAGGCUGGAGGAGAGGAGCCCGCAUGAGUGCCUGGAGAGCAACCACAGAAACUAUGGAGGGCUGAGCACACCGACGCACUCCUCGUUUUCUUGGUUUUGUUUUUAUGUUUUGGGAAAGGAAGCAGCUCAAAGAAUAUUGUCACAAGCGAGCACCACAGCCAGCAGGGACGAGAGUGAUCACUUCCUUGUGUUGAGGAGCUACUUGUGUAUUUUGGAGGUCGGUCCACGUCGCCUCGUCUGCUGCUGCGGCUUGCAGCUGGCAGUGCCUUGAAGACCACAUGAGAGUGAUGUUGUUGUUGUGCGGACAUCAGUGUGUUUUCGCCUGAUCUGGAAUGUCUUCAUCGUGGGUCACAAUGCUGCCACUGAGAGGAUUACAGCAGAAUAGGAGAGCUGUGUCUGCGCUCUCAGCCUCGGCGCAUGGAGGGAAGAUCUAGAGCGAGAAAAGGAUUUAUUUCCCACUGAGGGAAGGCAGAGACACAUUAACGUUGAGGUUCCCCGGCUGAAGCGUGAGACCGUUCGACCGGGCAGGCUCCUCUUAAACCAUCUCAGGAAUCGGUCCGAGGAGAAGGACAAAAACAACAAACAGCUGGAGGAGAAGAGAGAGGACGGAGACGAAAAGAAAAGGGGGAAUUGAAAUCCACAGGCAUGCAAAACUAAAAGUUGCCACACUGAGACUGUUUCCAGGUCAUAGUGGAGUGGGAGGAGACUGAGCUGCUCUUGUUUUUUCUGCCUAACACCCUCCUCCUCCUCCUCCUCAAUGCUACAGCCUAUUUUUUCCUCAUUGACAUCUGCUUGUUUGGCCUGAGGACUUUUAUUUUCUCACUUCUGCAAUUAUAAAACCAUCAAGAGACUUAAUUAACAAAUGAGAGCACAGGCAAGCAGAGAAUCCUGAUUCUCUCAAGGUGAGGGGAAACACACUUUGGACUUCAUUUUUUUUUUAAUUCUUUAUAUAUUGAUGUUGCCUUGACAGCAGCCAGACAUCUUGGCCGCCUGUCCCAUUUUCUUCUGCCGUGGUUCGGUAACCAAGCGAUGGCCAUGGUGAGUGGGGGCUGGGGAGAUCCCAAUGGGGGCACCAACGGCUUGGGGGACAAGAGCUACCUGAGGGGGGAGGAGGAGGACGGCUCUCCGCAGGCGGGAGGCAGCGACAUGGAGGCCGGAGACGAUGACAAGUCCUGCGUGGUGGACUGCGUGGUGUGCGGGGACAAGUCCAGCGGGAAACAUUACGGCGUGUUCACGUGCGAGGGCUGCAAGAGCUUCUUCAAGAGGAGCGUCAGACGCAACCUCAGCUACACAUGCAGGUCAAACAGAGAGUGUCAGAUUGACCAGCACCACAGGAACCAGUGCCAGUACUGUCGACUGAAGAAGUGUUUUCGUGUUGGCAUGCGCAAAGAAGCAGUUCAACGCGGUCGCAUCCCACCUCAGCCGAGCCUCAGCCCUUCCAUCACGCCAAUAGGUGGCGCCAGCGGCCUUGGAGGGGGCGAGUUCUAUAACAACAACAACAAUGGAGGAAGUGGUGGAGGUCAGCCGGUGUCAGAGCUCAUUUCCCAGCUGCUGCGAGCCGAACCGUACCCCAGCAGUCGGUUUGGGCACCAGUACAACCAACAGGCCGGACCGGAUAACGCCAUGGGGAUCGAUAACAUCUGUGAAUUGGCUGCCAGGCUACUCUUCAGCACCGUGGAGUGGGCCAGAAACAUCCCUUAUUUCCCUGAGCUGCCCGUGUCAGACCAGGUGGCCCUGCUGAGGCUGAGCUGGAGCGAGCUGUUUAUCCUCAACGCGGCCCAGUCGGCCCUGCCGCUCCACAUGGCUCCCUUGUUGGCCGCGGCCGGCUUCCACUCCUCACCCAUGUCUGCAGAGCGCGUGGUGUCCUUCAUGGACCAGGUGAGGGUGUUCCAGGACCAGGUGGACAAGCUGACCAGGCUGCAGGUGGACUCGGCUGAGUACAGCUGUCUCAAGGCCAUCGCACUGUUCUCACCAGACGCCUGUGGUCUAACAGACCCAGUCCACGUGGAGUCUCUGCAGGAGAAGGCUCAGGUGGCUCUGACAGAGUACGAGAGGAUGCAGUACCCUAGUCAGCCUCAGCGCUUCGGACGCCUGCUCCUGCGCCUCCCUGCCCUGCGCGCCGUUCCCGCCAGCCUCAUCUCGCAGCUCUUUUUCAUGCGCCUGGUAGGAAAGACACCCAUCGAGACGCUGAUCCGUGACAUGCAGCUCUCCGGAAGCUCAAUCAGCUGGCCGUAUGUCCCAGGACAGUAGCCCCCUUACAGGCGAGGUCUCCGUCUGGGAUUAGUGACGACAAGGACCCACAGGAAACCUCCUGACUCAUCACUAUCCAUCUGUGUGGUUAUCAAACUGCAGCGCCAGCUGGCCAUCAUAUGUACUGUACUGAAACCGCUCUAUUCCCCCUCAUGAAACGAGCCCUCUGUCUCCACGCGGGCCUCCAGCGAAGAGAGGAGCCAGUGCCAGGCUGGAUCUGUCUUGUUGCCAGCCCAGUCGUUCUGGUGCCAGGUCUCAGGCCAGAGACCAGCUUUUCAUGCUGGGCUCCGAUAUGGCCACCACAGCCAGUCAUGUCACCACCCACAUGCCAUAGUGACUAAAGACGCCACAGUUUCAUGUAGAGGGCAGCAGCACCCCGCUACAAAUACAUCUAGAGGACAAAACUGUCCCGCCGCUGAAAGUCAGCAGAACAGUUUUCCCCACACUGGGCUCAUUUUCCAUGGCUCACCAUUUGUGAUACAGUGACCUUUUUAUCCACAUAACUGAAAACAUUGCAGUCUCGUUAUUAGUUGGAUUUAAUGAACGGUGGUGAACUGAGCAUAAGACAAAGGAAAUGCCUCGUUGUUGAAGAGAAACUUUUGAACUGAGCUGAGAAAGAAGCCAAGGAGUCGAUCAAAUGGAACAGAAGUAAAAUAAAACCAAGGAAUAAUCACCAAAGUCUAUCAUAUCAUCCUCAGAGAUGCUUUUUAAACAGAAUAAUUAGUACACAAAGCAGAGAGAAAGAGCUGAACGGACUCUUGUGACUGACCAUCAAGUGAACAAUGCAUUUAAAUUCAUUCACAGGGCUCACUGUUGCUGGAGUUUUGCUGGAGAUUUUUUCCAAAAAAAAAGAAAGAAAAGAAAGCAGCCACAGUUACAUGAGAGCGGACUAAUACCUCACAAGACAUCAGAAUGCUUCAGUCUGAUCUUUCCUAAACACAAACCUCUGUAAGUGUUGUUCACCAGAAACCGCCUUCUUUUUGACAACUGCCUUGUUAUUCAUUAUGAAUUUGGGACACAUUAUAAAAUAUGAAAUGAGCAUCACAAACAUUCGUCUUGUAUCUUUUUAAAAACAAAUCCCCAAAGUGAUUUUCACUUGUGUUUUUGAAUAUGAGUCCUGACUGACUGAAUAAGGUGAAUUCAGCUAUUAAACAUUGUUUGUAUUUUUUUUUUUGUAUUGAGAGAACGGCAGGCUGACAUCAACUCGGGUUCUAGUAAAACAACUCCAGAUAUAAGAAUUAGUGAAUAGUUAGUGGUGAGAGAGUUUAUAACCAACACUACUAAUUGAAUACCAGUUUACGUCGAUCAAUGCUGUUUCUGGGGGUAAUAGUCUCCCGAAAAAAUGUAUUGAAGUGUAUAUAUUGAGGCCAACUUUGUCUUUUUGCAUGUUUGAAAUGUUGUUUUGGAUCUCUGCUAAGUGGAGACUGUUUCUUUUACAUUAUGUAAUUCAAGGUUCAGUUAAACAUUUAAAGUAUUGCUUUCACUGUUAGCUCCUAAAUGUUUUUUUCUAUAUGUAUUUACAUGAAAAUACCUCUGUCAUCUGUUUAGAUGUCAAAAAAAAGAAGCUUAUCUUCAUGCCAUUACAGCUGAUGUGACAGAGAUGCUGUUGUGAAUGAUGUGAGACGACACUGUAAUGGAUGAAAAUCUGGUGGAGGAAAAAAAACUGCACUUGGAGGAUUUUAAUGCCAAAACAUCACGCUAUCUGUGAGACGUUAAGAGAAGUUGGGCCCAGAUUCGCUGGUCCACCAGGAUUUACCUCACACAGGUGUUUCAAGAGGCGAGUUUACAGAAUCAAAUUUGAAAGGAAAGAACGAUAUCAACUCAAAACACAACGUAUUUCAGCAUUUAGUGUUUCCACACACACACAAAGUUUAAGGAUGUAACUCUGCUUCUUGAUCUACCGCCGGGCCUUUUGAAAGACAUUUGGAUAUUCUUCUUUUAGACAACAACUCACACACCCAUGUCAUCGAAGUAAAAAAAGAAAAAAAAGAAAAAGAUGAUUAUGCUAUUAAUGUUUUCUUAUCUUUGUGUUACUGAGUUCUUAAGUUUUUAAACUUUCAUGUGUAUGGCAACGUUAUUAAAAGAAUCAGAAGAUGACGAUGUGUCUUUAGUUAUGUUUUUGUUUUUCAAAUUACUUGAAAAAGUGUUGUAAUUACAUCUGUAUGAAGAAUGCCAAAUAAACACUGCAACA